UCACGCCCUUCCAUUCACUGCAUAAAGAUAUAUAAUAGAUUAUCCUAUGUUUGUAGUCUCAUAGUCCUGUUGACUCAUGGCCUUGUAACCUCGUAGCCAUGCAGACUCGUAGUCUCGUAGCUAGUUGAAGCCUCGUAGACUCAUAGUCCCAUAGUCAUGUUGCCUCGUCGUCUUGUAGUCCUAGCCUUGUAGUCUCGUAACCUAUGAGUUUUUUUUUGUUUCGUAGACUUGUAGCUUCGUACCCAAGUAGCCUUUGCUGACAUGAAGGCUCGUAGCCAUGCUAAGAAGUCUGUAGCCCUGUAGUCUCGUAGCCUCUUAGUCUUGUAGAUAUAUGGAGCCUCCUAGUCUAGCAGCCUCGUACUCUAGUUGCUUAUGAGAUUUUUUUUUCCUAUUUUUGUAGACUUGUAGCUUCGUAGGCAAGUAGCCUUUGUUAGCAUGUAGCUUCGUUGCCUCUUAGUCUUGUAGAUAGAUGGAGCCUCCUAGUCUAGCAGCCUCGUACUCUAGUUGCUUAUGAGAUUUUUUUUCCUAGUUUUGUAGACUUGUAGCUUCGUAGCCAAGUAGUCUUUGUUAGCAUGUAGCUUCGUAGCCAUGCAGUCAUGUAGUCUUAUAGACUUGUAGCUUCGUGACCAAGAGGUAGCCUCGUAGUCUAGUUGCCUCGUAGUCUUAUAGCUUCGUAUCCUGUAGCCUCGUAGGCUCGAAGACUUGGAGCCUUGUAGUCUUGCAGCUUCGUAGCCAUGCCAUCUUAUAGCCAAAUGUCACUGGAGUAGUUAUUCUCAAGACAGCAGGAGCCAAAGACAGUUUGUAACAAAGACUUUUUGAGUCAAAGACUGCUGUUGUCACAGACUUUUGAGCCAAUGACUUUAUGGCGCUAAAGACUGUUGGAGCCAAAGAAUUUUUGAACCAAAGACUGUUGGAACCAAAUACUGUUGUGCAUGCUGGUAUAUAAUCAAGGACUUAAAUCAUUCGAGUCAAUCAUUAUAUUAUUUGCUGGGUUUAUUAUUUUUUGUUUUUUGAACUUUUUCCAAAUUUAUUGGUUAAUUAUUACAGAUUUUCUAGCUGAUGGCUGUCAAUAUGGUGGAAGCUAUGAAAAUAAAUACUACCGCACUCUAGUGAGUAAAAAAUUAAAUCUUAAUGUUGGCAGUUUCCUCUAGCAGAUUAUAUGUGUAUGUAUUAUGUUACACUAGCGCUCCUAGUAUAGAGUAUUGAAAACAAUAUGGCGGCAUCGCUCUCUAGAAGACGAUGCGUUUACUACAUGCUUACAGUGCUCCUAGUAGCAAUUAUUGAAAAUAACGUUGAUGGCUUGGUCUCUAACAGUUCAUGCUGGUAUUUCUUGAAAUUAAAUGUAUUUACGAGUCCGAAUACCUAUCUCUAGGUUAUUUUUUAUUUACGUCAUUUGAUUCUCAAUUUAGAAAUAUCUCGCAGGCCGUGUGGUCAAAAGCGUAUGUUUUCCAACUCAGAGUUACGAGCUGUCAUGGUUUUCAUCAUCUCGCUUCGUAUGUAUUUUGUAUCAAUAUCUUUUUCUGUAUAUAAGGGUCAUAGCAACACUGGUAGGUAAUGGAACAUCGACCUUACGUGCAUGCGACAGAGCGGUGCUGGCACUCUCUAGGAACAAACAGAAGAAAAAAAACUAAAACUAAAUAGAGACAUUGUUGUAGUUCAAGAUGGUGACCUCCAGCCUACGAAAAAAAGAUUUCGGAUAUGAUGCCAGGAUAGAAAACAAGAUGGCGGACGUGAUUUCAGUAUCGAAAAAAUAUAUGUGAUGUCAUCUGAGAUGGUGACCUCCAGCAGACGGAAACAAUAUGGCCCCCAUGAUUUCAUAUUACAAGUUGGUGGAAGGUUUUACUGUAACGAAAAGUGCAAUGUUAAUGAUGAUGACACUCGAGUUCAAGAUGGCGGAAACAGAGACGAGAGCGGCAGCCCUGUCUCCGGAGGGAAGCAGUCUGUACGGGAGUCACCACGACUGCCCCUCGACUGCACCGCGACACCACACACUGCCACAUCGCCUGCAGAAGCGAGCGGCCAGGAACCUGGCCGGCAUCCCUGGCCAGGACUACGGUAGCAGGGACGUGCUGCAUCACUUCACCAAACUGCUCCACGCCAACUACCAGCUGUGGGGACGAGUGAAGAACUACUUCUCCAGUUUCAUAUCGCACAUCGGGAAGAUCGUUCCCAAGUUGAUAAACCUCGUCAGGUCCUGAUUGUUUCAGCUGGAAAAAUUCUCACGUUCUAGUCAAUGUAUUUAUUAUCAAACUGUCACAAAUAAGACUGUGAUUUUGUUCUUAAGGAGAUUGUACAAAUAAAUUAUUCUCGAAUUUUUUAAAUAUUAAAAAAUUCCUGUAAGAAAGAUUUUUUUUUCGAAUAAUUCCUAUUUUUUUAUAUUUUACUUUCACAUAAAUUUUAAUUAUUUUCGACAAAAUUAUUUAACCAAUUAUUUCCUUGACAUAAAAAUACAUCCCUUCAAAAUUGUUAUAAAUGUGUCUUGGGAAUCAAUGUUAAAUAAAAAGAUUUUUUUAUUUCUACUGAAAAAAUGCCAGAACAUUUUGGUCAUAGCAAAUGAAAAAAAAGGAAGAAAAAAAUAAUUGAAUAAAAUAAGCAGAAAUUGCAUUAAAAAAUUGUUAAUUACAAUAAUUUAUUAUUUUAAGUUAUAUAAUCAAACAACGAGUUAAAAGUUCACACAUCAGUUGUAACAUUUCUGCCGUUUUUAAUAAUAAAUAGUUUAGACUGUUUAAGCUUAACAACAUUAUAACAAAGCUGUAUUUCAACAUUACCGAUUCCAGCACGCACAGCAUAAAAGUUUAAACAAAAUAAUGGCAACAAUGGAAACCAACUGUGGCCAUUUUAAUAGUAAGUUGUAUCAUGAAAAAUAGUUUUAUAUAUUUAUGUAAUUUUUUAAACUAAGAUAUUUCAUUUCUCUAUUGUAACAAUAUAAUUUUCCGAUUAAAAAAAACAUAUUUAACUAUGGAUUUUAAAAUUUAAAGGGCUAAUGAAAAUGUAAAAUAAAACUGGUAUAUACAUAACCGUUGGAGUAAUAUUUUUUUUUUUUGUUUCUACAAGCAAUAAAAUAUGUUGGUCAGAAUGAGGUCAUUGCAAUAAGUUUUUCAAAGAGUUUCAUAGAAAUUUUGGAGAAACUUCUUGGGUUUGAUGCGAUAUGUCACUAUCUUGUCCUCUUCGUUCUAAAGGGCGAACACCAGUUUAUAUACGCCCACGAGCUGAAACGUUAUAUGAAGAUAAUAAAACACUACGUUGGACACAAUUUCUAGAGUUUAGAUUCCGUUUCUUUGACACAGAUAUCUAUAAACAUUUUUUACUUUGAAAAAAAUUCAACUAAGAAAUCCCUGAAUUCUAUUUAAUUCUCAGUUCAUUAAGUAGGUACGCUAUGUUAAAAAAUAUAAAAAAAUAACGUUAACUAAUCACAACACAUUAGUUAUAUAUUGAUACGUAUCCAAGGAAGGUUGUUAAAUGUCUGAACCAACAAAAAUGGUAAUAAAAUGUGUAUAAUAAAAAGUGCAUCACUGAUUCAACGUCUAAUAAAUAUAAAAUUCAAAUAGUUUAUGUAGGAAUGGAGCAUAUUCAAAAUAAUUUAAAUGCCUGAAAUUUUUAAAUAUUAAUUUAAGAAUUUUUUUCCGCAUACUUUGAAUUCUUUUCUAAAUAUAAUUAGGUAGUUAAUGUAGAUAAAGUGUUGCUAAUAGUAUUAUCUUCAUGUUGGUGGAAAAAAAGCUUGGCAUCCAAUAUAACUCGACGGUGAUAAUUAUGAUCAAUUGAAUUAGUUUUUUUUUACUAAAGGUUAUACAAUAAAUGCUCUCGUAAUUCAGACACGUUUGUUAACUUGAAAAUCACAUCUGGACAUCUGAAAUAACUUCCUGAAUAGUUUCAUAAACAUUUGUCUCAAUUAUAUAUAUUUUUUUCAUCAGCAUCUUUUCUUGAUCAAUUCUGAUUACAGUUGGAAUAUCAUUGAUUUAAAAUUAAAGGGUAGUUGAGAUAAACUACUACUUUGCGGAACACCUAAUACCAUGAAAUUUCAUUUGCAAAUUUGACUGCAAAGCGUCUAUUUUUAAGAUAAUUAAAACAUAUAUACCACGCAUUGUUUGACGAGGCUUAAAACUGACAAUUUUUUAAUCAUAAGAUUAUUUUGGAAAGUAGCAAAGGCUUUGCUCAUGUCGAAAUAAAUAGAAUAUUUUAUUUACAUCUGGAUUUACACUGGUACACACACACACACACACACACACACACACACAUAUAUAUAUAUCUUUAUAUAUAUAUUUCUUGUGUGCGUGUGUAUGUCACUGAACUCCUCCUAUACGGCUGGACCGAUUUUGAUGAAAUUUUUUGUGUGAGUUCACGGGGAUUCAAGGAAGGUUUAGAUUCACAAUUUGGUCCACUGGGAGUUUCGGGGGCGUAAUAAAUAAAAAUUUCCAGUUUUUGGUAGGAAAUCACCAUGGCAACGGCUAUUGCUUUGUUGAUGAUUCAUUCGUCUCUAUGGCAACGACUAUUUCAUUGUUAGUGCAGUCCUCACCACCGUUGAAAUUUUGCGCGUACUUUUAAUAUCAAAAAUUGCCCUUUUUUUCAAGUAUAUAUAUUUUACAGACUUGAAACUUCACAGUAAUGUUCCUUAUGUUACGCAGGAUGACAUUUUCCGAAAAUUAGAUCCCAUGGGUGGUUAAAACCAGGCAACAGUGGGUACUUUGUCUGCAUGAGAACAGGAUUUUGCAUUGUUUAUGCCUUCUGCGUCUCCAUGGCAACGGGCAUCGCGCGGCAGUGGCGUACCCACAAGGAGGGGCAUGUAUAAUGAGCGGCGCAAGAGU